GAAAUUAUUAAUCUAAAUAUCAAUUAAAAUGUAAAUAGAGGAAAAUUUGCAUCAUGAUAAUAAAGAAGUUUACUUACCGGGAGAUUUAUUAUCUGAUGAACCUGGAUUUAUUAGUGGAACUAAUACUUAUGAAGAGUAAGGAAAAAUAUUCUCCAGCACAACAGGAACAAUUAAUUAAACAAACAAGUUAUCAAUACUCAAUUAAUUUUAGAUUGAUUAUGAUAAAGCCAAUUAAAUGUAGUUAUUAACCAUAAAUUGGUGAAAUUGUAAUAGGUUAAAUUGUUUAAAUUAGAGAUAAAAAAUGGAUUGUGAAUAUAGAUUCUAGUUCAGAAGCUACUCUUCAUUUGAAUUCUACUUAUUUACCUGAAUAAGUAAAAUAAUCUUUAAUUAUUAGAGACAAAAAACAGAGGAUGAUGAAAUGAAUAUGCGUUAAAUAUUUGCUGAAAAUGAUUUAAUCUGUGCAGAAAUUCAUUGUAAUUAUACUUAAUCAAUAUAUUUUAGCUAUUAAUAAUGAUAAAUCAAUUAACCUUCACACUAGAGGACUUAAGUAUGGUAAAAUUGAAAAUGGACUUCUUAGUAAGGUUAAUCAUUAUUUGAUUGUUAAAUAAAAAAGACAUUUUAUCAAGCUAAAUAACAAUGUUAAUAUGAUUUUAGGGCAUAAUGGAUAAAUAUUUUUAAGUAAUUAAGAUAGGACCACAAAUAAUUAGAAAGUAAUCUAUUGUUAAAAUUACACUGUUUAAUAAAGAAUUGAUAUUGCAAACACAGGAAAAGCGAUUAAAUUUUUAUAAUAACAUUAAUUUAAAAUCUCAUAAAUUAAUAUAGAGAAGGUUUUAAGUUACAUUUCAGAAAAAAAGCCUUAAAAUGAUUGGCUUACCUUAAUUGAAUAAUUCUUUUUAGAAUUAAAGUCAAAAUAAUAAUAAUAAGAUUAAUGA